AUGAACGCCGCGGGCGACUACUCCUCUGCCUACUGUAUCCUCUACACUGAUUCGUCCUACGCGGGACACGGCAUGACUUUCACCAUCGGCCGCGGCAACGAAAUCGUCUGCUCCGCCAUCUCCCUUCUCGCUCCCCUCGUCAUCGGUAAGGAUCUGGAUGAGCUCACCGCCGACUGGGGCAAGACGUGGCGCUACCUCGUCUCCGACAGCCAGCUGCGCUGGAUCGGCCCGGAGAAGGGCGUCAUCCACCUUGCGCUGGGCGCCGUCGUCAACGCGCUGUGGGACCUGUGGGCCAAGAUCCUCGGCAAGCCCGUGUGGCGCAUCGUCGCCGAGAUGACCCCCGAGGAGGUGGUCCGCUGCAUUGACUUCCGGUACAUCACUGAUGCGCUGACGCCUGAGGAAGCUCUCGCCCUGCUCAAGGAGGUCGAGCCCGGCAAGGCGGAGCGCAUCCGAGACGCGGAGCAGAACCGCGCCGUGCCGGCAUACACCACCAGCGCGGGCUGGCUGGGAUACAGCGAAGAGAAGCUCAAGGCGCUGCUGGCGGACAGCGUGGCGCAGGGAUACAGACACUUCAAGCUGAAGGUGGGCGCGAACCUGGAGGAGGAUAAGCGGCGGUUGACGAUUGCCCGCGAGGCCAUCGGCUACGAUAAAGGCAACAUCCUCAUGGUAGACGCCAAUCAGGUGUGGUCGGUGCCGGAGGCGAUCACCUGGAUGAAGGAGCUGGCGCAGUUCAAGCCGUGGUUCAUCGAGGAGCCGACGUCACCGGACGACAUCCUCGGCCACGCCGCGAUCAAGAAGGCGCUUGAGGACACGCCCUAUGGGCCCAUCGGUGUCGCCACGGGCGAGAUGUGCCAGAACCGCGUCAUUUUCAAGCAGCUCCUGCAGGCGGGAGCGCUGACCGUGCUGCAGGCUGAUGCCUGCCGUGUUGGCGGUGUCAACGAGGUGCUGGCGAUCCUCCUGCUGGCGCGCAAGUUCGGUGUGCCUAUCGUGCCGCACUCCGGUGGUGUCGGUCUUCCGGAGUACACGCAGCACCUGAGCACGAUCGACUACGUUGUGGUUAGUGGGAAGCGCAGCGUGCUGGAGUAUGUGGACCACCUGCAUGAGCAUUUCGUGCAUCCGUCCAGCGUCAAGGAUGGAUACUACGUGACGCCGACGGAGCCCGGUUACAGCGUCGAGAUGAAGGCGGACAGCAUGGAUGCGUUCUCAUAUCCUGGUGAGGAAGGCAAGAGCUGGUGGAAGUCCGAAGCGGCCAAGCCUAUUCUGGAGGGACCUCGGAUAUAG